ACUAAUUUAUCAUAACAUAGACACUCAAUUGAAGGGACAAUGACUUCAGUAUCUAACGGUACCAACACGUUUGUUGAAGCGGUAGCUCCAAUAGUUCCAAAAGUUUCGUCAGCUGACCCAUCUUUGCCAGCUAAAGAAGAGCAAGAAACUCAAGGUACUAACGAUCCUAAGGGUCCAAUUACUAAUGAGACAGUUCCAAAAUCUGAAAAGAAAAAGAGAUUAGUUAGAAAGACCAAUUCUACUAAUCCAAUAAAAUUAAAAAUAUGGUUAGCAGGUCAUGCGGUUACAGUUGGAUUUGGAGUUAUUUCAUUAUUAUUUCAAAUCUUAUUCCUUCCAAACUUUUAUUAUAUUAAUACGAUAUCUUAUCGUUUAUCAUUAUUAGGAGCAGUUGCAGCAUUAACAGCUACUUUCAGUCAUGUAUUUGGAUUAGAAUAUUUACCAGCAUUCUCAACUUUGGUAUCCCACCAAAAUUUUCAAUACUUGAUUUUAGCCUCUGUAUGGAUUUUUACUUUCAAGUCAAUUUUUAAAAUUAUCCCUUACGUUCUUAUUUCACUUUUACAAAUUUCAAAACAUUUAAAUAUUGAACCUGUUUUAAAGGAAAAGGCUUUAUUGGCUACUGUUAUUGCUUACGAUGAAUUGGUUCUUAUUGCCUAUUUAUUAUUAAGAACUUUAUUCUUUAGAGGUUCUUCAGGUUAUCAAUUAACAAUUUUCUUAGUAUUCUAUUGGCUUAGAAUUCUUUAUAAUAAAGAAACGAGAGUAUUAUUUGAAACAAUUGUUGAAAGACUCGAUGGUAAAGUCAGCAAGAUUGAAAACCCUAAGGUUCAACAUGUAUGGACUAGAACCAAACAAUUCUUAGAUGCUAAGGAACAUGAUAACCAUAACGCUUAAGAAUUACAACUACCUACUCAAACAAUACGUUUUAUCAUAUUAUCGUAUUAUCAUUAUCAUAUUACCAUAAAUUUACAUAAAAUUCACAACCUCUCUCUGUAGUACUACAAUUAAAUAUACAUGUUCAAAUGCUUAACUAUGUAAUUGUAAGUAACGUAAUGGCUAGGCAAAUUUUCCUGCACACAGCCACGACCACCAAC